AAGCCAAAGCCUAUUAAAGCAACUGCAACUAACAAUGAGACGUUGAUGAACAUGUCGGAUGUGCCUCCUAGCGUGGACUGGAGGGCGAAAGGUGCGGUUACUGGGGUAAAGGACCAAGGCCAAUGUGGAUGUUGUUGGGCGUUUUCCACCGUGGGAGCAACCGAAGGCCUGAUCCAGAUCAAGAAAGGGAACCUGACCUCCCUAUCGGAGCAGCAGCUGGUCGACUGCGUCACUGGCGGCGUCACCAGAGGAUGCGAGGGCGGUUUAAUGGAUGAAGCCUUCGAGUACAUCAUUCAAAACAAAGGAAUCGCAAGCGAAGAAACGUACCCAUACACCGCAACCGAGGGUACUUGCAACACGGACGCCACAUCUGCAGCCACAAUCACCGGCUACGAAAAAGUUCCUGCAAACAGUGAGGAGGCACUUAUGGCGGCAGUGGCAACACAACCGGUUUCGGUUGCCAUCGACGGAGGUGGACCGGACUUUAAAUUUUACUCCCGAGGGGUCUUUACUGGACCUUGUGGAACGGAUCUCGAUCAUGCUGUAACGCUGGUCGGCUAUGGAACGGAGGAGUCCGCCGACGGUACAAAGUAUUGGCUGGUGAAGAACUCGUGGGGGGAGACUUGGGGAGAGGGAGGCUAUAUGAGGAUGGCCAGGGACGUGGGUGCGCCUGAGGGAUUGUGUGGAAUUGCGAAGGACGCAUCUUACCCCACUCUCAAUUAACUACCUACGUCCGCUAUGCUGCCGAGUCAUCACUUAAUUCUUCAUAUGUAUAAUCUAUAUCUAUAUACAUGUAGCUCGAUCGCAACAUAUAAUAAACAUGUGUAAUAAUGCGGAUGCUCUAGCAGCAGCAGUACGUAGGAUAAUAUACAUAUACACAUGUACGUUUCAUUUUCAUGCCA